CAGGGAUCACAGAGGACUGAAACGCAAUCUCUCAUUUAAGGCGUCUCAGCGAGCUYAUUCAGAGCAGCAGGUCUCUCCGUUUCAGGUUCAGGAAUACAAGGUGACACUGGCGCGCAUCAAGCCCAUCCUCRGUGAGGCAGGACAUUUGAACCGUGCGUAACUGCGGAGCCGGACCUUGGAGAUUGAAUUAAUGUUUGGCACGCAUUGUAUCCGUCUGAAUCAGCACCUUGUAGGCACUUGGAACGCACCUGGCCUCCCCCCUCGGGUGCACUUAUAGGGCACAGAUUUGACUCGUUUCCUCGUAGCAGCUGUUGCACAAAAAGCCUGCUCGCCAUGGGGGAACGCGGCGUCCUGGGCAUCAUGUGUCCGAACAAGUACAGCCGCCGCUCCUCGUCGUCGUCCGCCAGCUCCAUACGGGAGAAUAAGAUGUUCCCCAAACUCAAAGCCUUUUCCAAGGACUACCCGAAGAAGAACGCGGAGUUCCUCAGCGGACAGUACGGGACCAACCUGCURCUGAUCGGCGUGGCGCUGAUGCUGGCCAUCGCGCACCACGAGCCCUCCGUGGAAGAGGAGCACCUGCUGGCCUUCGCCACGGGCCUCAUGAUCCUGCAGCUCUUCUGGAUGAUGUGGUACAUCCUGGUGCGCACCAGGCGCAGGAGCGCGCGGACGGAGAGGGACGUGAACGCCACCACAUGCUGGAUCAGAGGUGGUUUGACUCUCCUUGCAGUCCUCUCUCUGAUCAUGGACGCCCUGAGAAUUGGGUAUUUUGUCGGCUACCGCUUCUGUUUGUCGGCUGUGAUUCCGGUCUAUGCUGCCAUCCAUGCAAUUCACACCGUAGCUCAGGUGCAUUUUCUUUGGUUUCACAUCAAGGAUGUCAUCAAAAGCUUUGAAACCUUCGAGAGAUUUGGUGUGAUUCACGCAGUCUUCACCAACCUCCUGUUGUGGUGCAACGGCGUGAUGUCAGAGACCGAGCACUUCAUGAACGAUCAUGUCAGGAGGCUCACCGCUCUGGGAUUCGAAAAUAUCACCAUGG